AGUGACAAUCUCCUCUCCCUCUAGCCAUAACUUGCCAAGCAACUCCAGCUAGCAACCAUGGCCUCCUCAAGGUCUCUCAGCAGUCGCAGCGGCACAAUGCUGGCCGGCGCGCUGCUCCUGCUACUGUGUGCGACCUCCGCCGUGGCUCAGCUGGACGUUGGCUUCUACAGCAAGACGUGCCCGCACGUGGAGGAGAUCGUCCGGCAGGAGAUGCUAGGGAUCCUCAAGGAGGCUCCCACGCUCGCCGGACCCUUCCUCCGCCUCCACUUCCACGACUGCUUCGUCCGGGGAUGCGACGCCUCCGUGCUGAUCGACUCCACCGACGUCGCCAAUAACCCAGCAGAGAAGGACGCGCCGCCCAACAAGAGCCUCCGCGGCUUCGGCGCCGUGCAGCGCGUCAAGGACAGGCUCCAGUCCGCCUGUCCUAACACCGUGUCCUGCGCCGACGUGCUCGCCCUCAUGGCCCGCGACGCCGUCGUGCUCGCAGGAGGCCCCACGUGGCCCGUCGCGCUCGGCCGGAGGGACGGCCGCGUCUCCAUCGCUAACGAGACAAACCAGCUUCCCCCACCCACCUCCAACUUCACCCGCCUCUCCAAGAUGUUCGCCGCCAAGGGCCUCGACGCCAAGGAUAUCGCUGUGCUCUCCGGUGGCCACACGCUCGGCACCGCGCGCUGCGUGUCCUUCACGGACCGGCUGUACAACUUCACCGGCGCCAACAACCCCGCCGACGUCGACCCGGCACUGGACGCCGGAUACAUGGCCAGGCUGAGGUCCCAGUGCCGGAGCCUAGCCGACAACACCACGCUCGCAGAGAUGGACCCCGGCAGCUUCCUCACCUUCGACGCCGGCUACUACCGCCUCGUGGCAAAGCGCAGAGGAAUCCUCCACUCGGACUCCGCGCUCCUGGAACACCCGACCACCAGGGCGUACGUCGAGCGCCAGGCCACCGGCCUCUUCGCCGACGAGUUCUUCCGCGACUUCGCCGAGUCCAUGGUCAAGAUGGGCAACAUCGGCGUGCUCACCGGACAACAGGGCGAGAUCAGGAGCAAGUGCUACGCCGUUAACAAAUAAUCAUCGAUUCAACCAUCGGGUAGUGCAAAAGUGCAUGGUUAACUCGCUACUUUGAUUGAUUGCAUUGGUUCAUACAUAUAAUCGUGCUUAAUUAACUUGACCCGUCAUAUAUUUACACGCAUAUAUUUCUUUUAUCGGUGUAUUCACACUGGUGGCUAUGUUUGUAAAUGAUAAUGAUUGUAGGGUGCCGCUUAAUUUCUUGUUUUUAUUUCCAUUUUAAGUGAGAUGUUCAGCUCAUCGUGUAUUGGCAUCAUGUAACGAUAACGAUGCAAGGAAAUAAACAUUUUUUCCGUAUUUAUCACGGAUGA